CUGAAAUUCGCCGUCGCUGACACGGACACGAUGGCUGCGCGGCGCCGGUCGUUGGCGCAUCCGUUGCUGCUGCUGGCCAUCGCGCUGUGCUGUAUGCAAUGCGUUGAAAGUCUCAAGCAGAAAUGGUCCUUCACGGAGGAAACGAGGCGGCAGUUCCUCAUCGAGCGCUUCGGAUUUGAUGUGGGUGGGCACAUGGACGUCCAGGUGGACAUCCCGCUCUUGUCGCAGGCACCGCGAAGCAGCCUCCUCUUCGUGCACGAAGACGACCUCGUGGACGACGCGGCAUCGUACUUCACCCAACCGUUCAACGAAGACUUGUGUCUCCUUGAUAACCAAACGGCCACCGACCGCAUGGACUUUGCCGAUAGCACGACAUGGCAUUUGUCCCACACGGUCGUCACCCCCGGCUUUUACUACCUCAUGUUUGCACACUGCGGCGACACGGACACGAGCCUCACGUUCUCGAUGGAAGCAACGUUCUUGAACCCGAAUUCCAACUACUUGUCGUCUGGGGACGCGGCGGUGCCGUUGAUUUACCUCGUCACGAGCGUUGUGUUUGGCGCCGGCGCGUGUGUGUGGGGCCGGACGCUGCAGCAAAACUCGCCGCACAUCCACCACAUCCAUCACAUGAUGACGGGCCUCUUGCUGCUCAAGGUCGUAUCUACCUUUUGCGAAGCCAUGCGGUUCUACUACAUGAAGCACCACGGAGACACACUCACGUCGUGGAACGUGGUGUUUUACGUGUUCAUGUUUGUCAAAGGCAUGGCGAUGUUUGUCGUGAUCUUGCUCAUCGGGACGGGGUGGUCGAUCCUGAAGCAGCACUUGAACCGGACCGAAAAGAACGUUGUGUUUGUCGUGCUGCUGCUGCAGGUGGCGAUCAAUGUGGCGGUCGUUGUGCUGCAAGAAUCCAGCGUCGGGACGCAGGCGUGGGUCCACUGGCGCGACGCGAUGCACGUCCUCGACAUUUUGUGCUGCUGCGCGAUUUUGUUUCCGAUUGUGUGGAGCAUUCGCCAACUCCGCGACACGGCCGCCGUCGAUGGCAAAGCCCAAAUCAACCUGCGCAAGCUGACUCAAUUCCGAGGGUUUUACGUAGCCGUCGUCACGUAUGUUUACUUUACUCGGAUCGCGCUGUACUUGCUGGCCGCGAGUGUGCCGUAUACGAUGGUAGGUCGCCCGUGGGCAUUCGAUGAUUCGUUUUUCUUGUGUGAGUUUGUCAUCUGGCGGUGUGGUGGCUCGAUGCCGCAAGUGUGUACGGGGCUGGGUGAUGGCAGUGGUCGUCGCUGCGGGGCUCUCAUCGUGCCAUGCGCCAGACGUGGGUGACCGUCGCGGUGGCCGAAGCGGCCGCGCUCGUUUUCUACGCCUACACUGGGCGAAAAUUCAAGCCGCAAACGGCGCAUCCGUACUUGGCGCUGCACACGCAAGUGGACUUGGUGCGUCGGAUCGCGUUUUGGCGCGUCAUGACUGCGCGUAGGACGAAUUUGGCUUGGACGACCAUGAAGUGCUUGACGUGACGCGCGGCCACGAUUGGAGCCCGCGCCGUGGAAGCGCCGCGUCGACACCCCAGUCGGCCCCGAGUCCGCCGCCGACGCCGCAUGUUUAGCACGUAUAAGGCGGGUGUGCCGCCCGCGACCUACAUCGAGCCAUGUUUUUGAUACUUCAUCCCAA